AUGAAGGAAGAAGACAAUAAUAUCAAAUAAGUAAUCAAAUAUAAAAAAUAUAAUCUAAGGAAGAAAACCAAUUUUUUAUCCCCCAUUAUAUCAUACCAAUAAAUUAUGCUCCAAUUCCAAAUGAAAUAGAGAAUUACAAGAUGGCAAUUCAUCAUUUAACCGAGGAGAAUCACUUUUUGAGAAAACAACUCUAACAUAAUUAAGUAUCAGAGUUUCUCUCUUUGAAUGCAGAAUAACUAAAAGAUGAAGUAUUUAAAAUGAUUGACUAUUUGAUGAAAAAUCUCAAUUAUUUACCAAAAGAAUAAAUCUUUGCAUACAGAAAAACUAUUCGAUUGUGCACAUAGAGAAGUGCACUUAAAAGAAUCUAUUUUCUUAUAUUUACUAGAUAUUUAUAAGUAAAUUGCAUAUAAACAUGAUAGGCUGAAAAAACUAAAGAAGAAAUGAUUAAAUUCAUUAUUCGUAAAAGUGUGAAGUAUUAAAAGUCCACUAGUACCAUAUAGAAACAUUAAAUGAAAAAAAUGAAUAAUGCAUUCGUUUAGCAAUUAUUUCUAUCAACUCAAUAUCAGUAACAUUACUCAAAUUUUUUAAGUAAAAAUAACAUAUAUCAAUUAGAUCAAUAUCUACAAUUAGCACUUGAUGAAAAUAAACACAAAAUUCAAAAAUAUGUGGAUUACAUUGUUGAAUAAAUAUCAAAUGAUUAAAUAGAUGUAUUAUUGUUAUUUAUUUUAUUAGGAUGUUCUAAAUUAUAAAAGAUUUCCAUGGUUGAAUGAAUGGAUACAAUAAUCUGUCUAAAUUGCUAAAGAUCUAUAGUUUAGUAGCAAACCAUAAAGUUUGGAGAACAAGAAAAAAAUUAAAUUCUGA